AUGAGGCAGAAGCAGAGGGGGGGGAGAGAAACGGACCUGGUACCGCUUCUGGAGCAUGUGGUUGUUGUACUGUUUGUCGGGCCUGAGCUCCUACACGAGCUGCGGGUUCUGGAGGAAGGCGAUGAGCGGGGCGGCGGCCUCCUCGAGCGACCUGAGCCUGGAGACGACCUCGGCGCGGCGCUUGACCAUGUCCUCGGGGACGUCGUCGGUGCCGUGGAGGGACUUGUGGAUGUCCAUGGCAUAGUCGACCAUGUUGGUGCCGCUGAGGAGGCGGAUCUUGGCCUCCAGGAACUCAGGCUCCGAGUAGAGCUGCCGCUCCUGGAGGAACUCCAGCAGCGGGAACACCAGGUGCCGGUCCAGCUGCGCUGCCAUCAGCGCCGUGAGGUCGUGCUCCGCCAAGGCUGGUGCUCCGAGCUCUCUCCCAGCUGCCUCCCGGAGGCGGCUAGGGUUAGGGUUCCUUUCGGCUUGGAGGAGGGCAGCUCACGAACCUGCGAGGACGAUGACAAGAAGGAACAGGAGCGCCGACCGGAGCGGGGCGAGAUGGAGCCGGAGGAGACGGAGUGGGACGGCGAGUGGGAGGAAGAGCCCGAGGAGGAGCGAGGCAGCGCUGAGCGGCCAGCCGAGGCUUCGCCAUCGUCCCCGGUGGCGGCGGCGGCGGCGGGCGAGGGCGUCCAGCGACCACUGUGGUGUUGGGCUAGGGUUUUGAGCGGGUUGGGGGAGGAAGAGAUUGGGAGUCUAUGGUUCCUCCAGACUCCGAUUAUUCAACCCACCCGUGUCGAUGUGGAAAGAGCCCAUGUCCAUGUCACAUGUAAAUAA